AUGUUGGCUGCCACCUCUUCACAGCAGGAAACCCAGCAACCGUUUCACACACUUUCAGUUCACGAUGUGGCCGCAGCGCUGACCACAAACGUGAAUUCAGGACUACACAGCGACGCCCAAGUUCCCGAAAUUCGAGCGCGAUACGGAGAAAAUUCGUUGGGCGAUGACUCCAAAAUAGACUUCAAAGCGAUCUUGUUGCACCAAAUCUGUAACGCCAUGAUUCUGGUGCUGUUCAUCUGCAUGGUGAUCACUCUUGCGGUUCGAGAUUGGAUUUCCGGAGGUGUCAUUGCCUUUGUUGUCUUCAUCAACGUUGCAAUCGGCACUUACCAAGAAUACAAGGCGUCCAAGACCAUGAACUCACUAAAAAGUCUCAGCACUCCAUCUGCCCACAUAAUACGCGACGGCAAUGACGAAAUAAUUCCCAGCAAAGAAUUGGUUCCAGGCGAUAUCUGUAUCAUCAAAGCCGGUGAUACCAUCCCUGCUGAUCUGAGGCUCGUGGAAUGUGUAAAUUUCGAGACUGACGAAGCUUUACUUACUGGCGAAUCAUUGCCUAUCGCCAAAGACGCCACACAGGUCUACCCUGCAACACAAGACACUCCUGUCGGAGAUCGUCUGAACUUGGCAUUCGCCAGCUCCACGGUCUCCAAAGGUAGAGCUACCGGUAUAGUUGUACAAACCGGUCUCAACACCGAGAUCGGUAAAAUCGCAAAGAGUCUACAGGGUGAUAACUCGCUAGUUUCCAAAGAUGAGAACAAAUCUUUUGCGCAGAACACCCUAAUCACCUUUAAAACCACUGUCGGUUCCUUCCUCGGAACGACCACCGGUACGCCUCUGCAUCGCAAACUUUCGAAAUUGGCUGUCAUACUUUUCUUCGUGGCAGUUCUUUUCGCCAUUGUUGUUAUGGCCACUCAAAAGUACCAUGUCAACAAAGAGGUUGCCAUUUACGCCAUUUGUGUUGCACUUUCUAUGAUUCCUUCGUCUUUGGUGGUAGUAUUGACCAUCACCAUGUCGGUUGGCGCGAAAAUUAUGGCAACCAGAAAUGUGGUGGUCCGCAAACUGGACUCACUCGAAGCUUUAGGCUCUGUCAACGACGUCUGCUCUGACAAGACUGGUACUUUGACUCAAGGCCGUAUGAUCGUCAAACAGGUUUGGGUACCUUCUUUUGGUACAGUUUUGGUCACAAAUUCUAAUGAGCCUUUCAAUCCUUUAUCUGGUGCUACUCAACUGAUCCCCAGAUUCUCACCUAAUGAGUACCGCCACAACAGCAGCGAAGACGUGGGUAUAAUUCAAGGCUUCAAAGAUAACUACUUAAAGGAAACGCUUCCUAAUGAAAUAAAUCCAAGACUUUUUGCUAAUUGGCUCAAAACAGCGACCCUGGCAAACAUCGCCCAGGUUUAUCAGGAUUCCGAAACUCGAGAAUGGAAAGCUCACGGGGAUCCUACUGAAAUAGCCAUCCAGGUAUUCGCUCACAGAUUGGAUCUUCCCAGGCCAUUGCUUACGUUAGAAGGGCAAUCGAAUGAGAUAGAAAAUGAAAAGGCUGACUUCAAUGCGGAUGCUGACUACAAGCAUAUCGCUGAAUACCCCUUUGACUCCUCGGUCAAGAGAAUGUCGGCCAUUUAUUCAAGCACUAGAGAAAAUAACGAAUAUCGUGUUUUCACCAAAGGUGCCUUUGAACGCGUUCUGAACUGUUGCACACACUGGCUUCCUUCCCACGAUAGCGUUGAGAGCAAUCCAAUGACCAUGACCGAAGCUGAUAAAGAAGAAGUUUAUAAGAAUGUUGAAAUAUUGUCUUCUGAAGGGUUGAGAGUACUUGCAUUUGCAACAAAAAGCUUCACCGAAAAGGAAGCUCUAGAGCUCGGGUCCAAGUUAACCAAGGACCGGGACUUUGUGGAAAGCGACUUGAUUUUCCAGGGUCUAGUCGGUAUUUAUGAUCCACCAAGAGAAGAGACUGCUGGCGCGGUCAAAAAGUUCCAUAAAGCAGGAAUCAACGUGCAUAUGCUCACGGGUGACUUCCCAGGAACUGCCAAGGCAAUUGCCCAAGAAGUUGGAAUCUUACCCCGUAAUAUGUACCACUACCCAAAAGAGGUGGUGGAUGCGAUGAUCAUGACUGCUACUCAAUUUGACCAGCUUGCGGACGAUGAAAUUGACGCCUUACCUGUUUUACCACUGGUUAUUGCCCGUUGCAGUCCAGCCACUAAAGUGAAAAUGAUCGAUAGUCUCCACCGCCGCGAAAAGUUCUGUGCGAUGACCGGUGACGGUGUCAAUGACUCACCAAGUUUGAAGAUCGCCAAUGUUGGAAUCGCGAUGGGUAUCAACGGAUCUGACGUUGCGAAAGAUGCCUCUGACAUAGUCUUGAGUGACGACAAUUUCGCAUCAAUUCUUAACGCUGUCGAGGAGGGCCGUAGAAUGACUGACAAUAUUCAAAAGUUCGUCCUACAACUGCUAGCAGAGAAUGUAGCUCAGGCCCUUUAUCUGAUGAUCGGUCUCGCUUUCUUAGACCAGCAUCAUUUAUCAGUAUUUCCCCUCUCGCCUGUGGAAGUGUUGUGGAUUAUUGUAGUGACGUCAUGCUUCCCAGCCAUGGGUCUUGGUUUGGAAAAGCCUUUGCCUGAUAUCAUGGAAAAACCACCAAAAGAUUCUAAAGCAGGUAUCUUCACCUGGGAAAUAAUUUCUGACAUGUUUGUCUAUGGUGUGUGGAUGGCCGCUUGCUGUCUAGCUUGCUUCGUGAGUGUUGUUUAUGGUAAGGGCGAAGGAGAAUUGGGUAUCAAUUGCAACAACAAAUUUACUGAAAGCUGUCAUUUUGUUUUUCGCGGCCGUGCUGCAGCAUUUGCCACAAUGACAUGGUGCGCUUUAGUCCUUGCCUGGGAAGUUAUCGACUUGAGAAGAUCAUUUUUCAAAAUGCAACCGGAAACAGAUACACCUUAUACACAAUGGAUGAGAGAUGUUUGGUCUAACCAAUUCUUGUUCUGGUCGGUGGUUCUUGGCUUCGUCUCAGUAUUCCCUGUAGUGUACAUUCCUGUGAUCAAUCAUGAUGUCUUCAAGCACUCUGGAAUCGGCUAUGAAUGGGGAGUUGCUGUUGCAUUUACAAUCCUAUUUUGGGCUGGCGCUGAACUUUACAAGUACUUCAAGAGAGUUUAUUACAACAACCAAGACCGUGCCAGCAACCCCGAGAAGGAUUUGGAGAGCAAACGUGUCCAUGAUCCGUUCGAGAAAUACAACAGUUCAUAUUCAACUUCGACAUCCGUUAACACUACGAAUGUGCUGAUGAAGUCGUAA